GGCUUACCCGGCAAUUAACCGAUCAAUCGAUACAUACCUAUAGUCUCACAAUCUUGUCCAAAUAUAUACUAUGACUUCACCGAACAAGGAACAUAUUUUAGCUGCCCAAGGCCGCACCCUUGGGACCGCUGAUUCUUGGCAUGGGAAGAUAACUACAGAGGGUCCUUUCACGCCCGAAGUCGGCCGGUACCGACUCUAUAUUGGCCUCUUUUGUCCCUUUGCCCACCGCGCCAACCUCAUUCGCCACCUCAAAGGCCUCAAGGACAUUAUUCCUUUGACCAAAGUGAAGCCGUAUCCCAAGGGUAACGACGAGGGCUAUCCAGGAUGGCAGUUCCCGGCCACUGCGGACGAGUACCCCGGCUCCGAUGUCGACCCCUUGUUCGGCGCCAAGUACCUGCAUGAACUCUACUUCAAGGACGAUCCCGGCUACAAAGGCCGCUACAGCGUCCCGCUGCUGUGGGACACCAAGACCAACGCCGCGGUCAACAACGAGUCUCUGGAGCUGCUGCGGGAUCUACAGACGUCCUUCAACUCGCUGCUUCCCGAGGGCUCGGCCGAGCGGGAACUUACUCUAUACCCAGAUGAUCUGAGGGAACAGAUUGACCAGGUCUCGACCUGGCUCCUCCCGCAUCUCUGCACCGGCGUGUACAGGGCCGGCUUCAACCCCACGCAGGAGGGAUACGACGCCAGCGUGCCCUUUGUAUUUGCGGCCCUGAACAAGCUCGAGAAGCUGAUCCGCUCAAACGGUGGGCCCUACAUCCUCGGAAGCCGGCUGACGGAACUGGACAUAACCGCCUACGCCACAGUGGUGCGCUUUGACGCCAUCUACGUGCAGCACUUCAAGUGCAACCUCGGCACUGUGCGGCACGACUAUCCGCAGGUCAACAACUGGCUCAAGAACCUCUACUGGAACGUGCCUGGGUUCCGUGAGACGACGGACUUUAGGCACAUCAAGGAGAACUACACAAAGUCCCACGAGAAAAUCAACCCCUUAGCCAUCACCCCCAUGGGCCCGUGGCCUGAGGUGGAGGAGGGGUACGAGUCUGACCUGAGCAAGAUACGUGUCGGAGGCGUAAGGAUGCCCAAGGUGCUGGAGCUCGAAGAGGAUCUGGUGGGGAAGCUGUGAUUUGCCCUGGAUGCCUCGGCUUGUGUUCAAGUUCUGGUUCAUGUGGAAAAUAAUCGCCAGAUUGAAGCUUCUCUUCUUACAGUAUUGCUUCUGCUUGCUUGUCUGCUUGCUUGUCUGCUUGCUCGUGACCGACCUUUGCAUGUCAUUUCUUUGUUUAUAUUACCUAGGCUUAACUACUUCAUGAGAGACGCACGCCCUGAUCUCCCACCAUUUCUUGCCUCAUUUCGUCUGCCUUGACAAUUACACAAAAAGACUUCAUCAAAUUCUCCAGCAAAAAAUAUCGCCAUUGCUCGCCCUACCGAAUCUCUUGCUAAAGAAGUCAGGCCUGCACGGCCCGCCAAGC